CUGUGGGAGGACGUCUCAAAGUUUGCGCGGGGUGGUCACGACACCCCGCGAGUGCUCGUGUCAUACUUUUGCGGAGGAUACUUUAUCAUCAAGAGGAGCUGGGAACAGGAGCAAGCGAGAGUGGCAGCUUUGUUAGAAGAAAUAAUAUCGGAUAACGAAGAUAAUGUUGCAGUGGAAAGUGAUGCCAGCUUGGAUGAAGAUUUUAUUCAAGAAUCUGAUCAUGAUUCUUUAUCUAAAUGGCACAGAGUCAAGGGUCGUACUGCAAUUAGAACCCGCGCUCACAAUAUAAUUACUGAAGCUCCCCUUCCCAAAGGUCACCUUGAUAGAAGAUUUUCACAACCAGGGUUACCGAAAGCACUCAAGAGGAUGUUGAAUGCUACUGGAUCAAGCACCGAAGGAAUGUCGCCAAAAAAAAGCAGCGCUGUAUAG